AUGCAAACACCCAACGACGACAUACUGAGCCCGGACUAUAGCAAUCCAUUGCAGUAUUUCAGCUCGCAAUCAUUAUCUCGAACAACACCUCCCAUCUAUGCAGAUGACCCAUGGACUACCAGCAGCAACGCUUCUUUUGACUUCAAUGAUACAAGCAAUAGCAACAACUAUGCAGUGGAUAGUAGUUUCAUGAUGGAAACAGAGCUGGAUCACCAGGACGCAGGGUUUGGGGCGGAACUGACAGCUAACAAUGUACUUUUGGGCGCGGAUGUUCCUGAUGCCUAUUUCGACAUCUACAGCAAAUCAAAUCCUCGUCAUGAGAGAAUAGAUGCCAGAUCGCUGCAGGUUAUAUUGCAUUUGGCGGGCAUACCUGUGUUUCGGCAGCAAAAGGUCAUUAGCCUGGUUGUCACUCCUGGCGAGAACUCUGUUACACGGAAUGAAUUCAAUGCUUAUCUAGCGCUGAUUGCCUGUGCUCAGAAAAAUAUGGAUAUAUCAUUAGAAACCGUAUAUCAUUAUCGAAAUGAUCUACCUAUACCAGCCAUAUCCGACAUGGAAUCUUACAAUAUCCACGACAUGCCCACAAUGAACAAGGAGUCACCAGCUAAAAAAGAGGAUCCCUGGGAGAGUGAUCAGCCCAAGCAAGCCGAUCGCUCCGAUGUGUCAAGCACAAACACUGCUGUCCAACCAGAGACACACGAUCAACAGCAACAUCAAGCGCAGCUCAAUCGAUCUCUCCAUCAUCAGGAACAGGAAGCCAUGAACCAAUGGUUUCGCGAUCUAGAUCAUAUAUCGGUUUCCCGCACAUCAGAAAAAGAAGGCUUUUUAUUCAAGCACAUCAACUAUGAAGUGGAGAGCGAGAAGUUAGGCUGCAAAGUACUUCGACGGUUCAGUGAUUUCUGGUGGUUGUGGGAGGUUUUACUGAGAAGAUACCCUUAUCGCAUCAUGCCAAAUUUACCGCCGAAAAAGCUGGGAGGAAGUAAAGUGCUGCCUGUUAUGAUUGAGUCUCAGGAUGUAUGCCAACCUUGUUUACAUUUGCUCAUAGGAGACGAUAUGUUUGAGGAAAGAAGAAGAAAGGGCCUUGUUCGUUUUAUCAAUUCUGUUGCAAGACAUCCUGUAUUGGGCAAAGACGACGUUGUCGUUGCAUUUUUGAGCCAUCCCUCUGAAAUCAAUUCAUGGAAGAGAGCAAAUUCUCCCUCAUUAGACGAAGAAUUCGUUAGGAAAUCACACAACAUUGCUUAUUUAGAGCGGAUGAUACCUAUGGAUUUAGAUGAUCGCAUUGCUAGGAUGAAGAAACGACUGUCUAUCUCAAUACAACAGUACGAGCGCAUGUGCUCCAUAAUGAACCAGAUGAAUAGACUGAAGAAGGCAUUAGGGACUGAUUAUAUUCGAUACAGCACCACAUUAAACUCUGUCAGUGAACUGGACAAAAAUUGCUGGGUUCCCAAUUGCCAAGGAUGCCCAGAGGUGAUAAGAGGCUACAACAGCAUUGUAAAGUCGAUGCAACAAGCAGGUGCCAUGUUAAACACACAGGCAAAGGCUACAGGAGACAGUAUCGUGGAGAGUUUGAAAAGACAACGGGAUCUGCUGGAAUCAUUCAGAGAGCUGCUUGAACGCCGAGAUAGAAUGAGCCCUAUCCAGAAUGAUACGCUUUCGAGGCAAAUGGCCAGAUACAAAAAGGGCCAGCUACAACCAUCUGUUGCUCAUGAUGAAGACGCAGCGUCUCAAAACGACACUACGACAUCUCAGCCUCGCCUAUCGUUUGAUGACGCCACGGGUGGACUAUCGCUUGUCAGACAGCGCAACGUCUUUAUCAAGCAUUGCUUCAUGGAAGAGCUAUCAUACCUUCACAAGCAGCAGGCAAGUGUGUCUGUCAUGUACAACAGAUUUGUGAGAGACGAGGUGAAGUAUGCAAGACAAUGGAGCGAUCAUUGGAAAGGUUUAGAGAUAGCAACAAGUGAAAUGCCCAGCGCACCUCAUGAUUUUUUGUAA